GUGCAAGGCGGUAUUUUGUUAACAAAAAAAAAAAUUGGCGGACUCGUUGUUUUAAAAAUUGUGCGAAUGUUACCAACGAAUAAAUAAUAGUGCGUUUAAAUGGAUCGCCCAUCAAUUCAGGAUCAUGCCGAGUAAUAUGAAUCACUGCAAAGCCAUGAAGAUGAGCUUUUCCUUAACAUCGCUCCAGCCGAUCGGCAGUGGAGCAGACAAGCAUGGCCAAGCAGGGAUAACGAUAGAAAGACCAUACAACAGUCUUACAAAGAAACGGAAAGAUUCAAAGCAAUUUUCCAAUCAACGUUUGUGGACAAAUCGUGAGGAUGGGAAAGAUGAUUUCUGGGCAGCGAUACGAUCAAACUAUGAUUACAUUAUGGACACAAAUUUAAUAGAUAGUUGCAAAGAAGCUAAUGGUGAAUUAACAUGGGACGAGACUGAUGUAGCUACACAAUCGUGGAAUUUGAAAGAAGUCAGUAGUCAAUUUUCAGAGCUAUAUUCAUGGCUAAGAGUUCUACAGGAAUUAGUUUAUUCUAAGGAAGAAAAUCUGUUAGACAAAAGUCUGCGUGCGGCUCACAUGGAGGAGCUGCGACGUAGGGCGUAUAGGAGAAAGUUAUUUAACGAACAAGCUGUCAAAUUAGUGUCACGCGCCCCUUCUUUGAAAGACGAAGUAGCGUGGCGGGUUGACCAUUUGAAUGCAAAAUGGGAAUUAGUAGAACAAAUUAUGGCACCUGUUGAACGGCCUGUGUCCAAUCAACAGGAUAUAACAGCAGAUUUCGAGCAUGAAGUGAAAUGUUUGAGAAAAUGGCUUCGUGAAAUGGAGUCUCACCUUCAACCCUUGAGUUUUCAUAUAGAUUGGACUUUAGCAGAACUUGAGGAAAAAGCAGUGGAGCAUAUGAAAUCCCGUCGCCUUUUCUUCGUACGCAGAAACGGCAAAACUCUUACUUUCUUCCGAUAGGAUCGAUCGCUGUGAUCUUGCCAGUGAUCUUUCAACCUUUUCGCGCGUAGCAUAAAUUACAGUACCUAUCGGCUCGAAGAACCAAUAUCACAUUAUCAUUUACGCGGGCCGUUGAAAGGUUUAUGCAACGCUCAAUGGAGAUUCCUGUUUUAUUUAACUUUAAAUUGUACGCUCGUUUGCAUUUAAACGGCGCGGAGGAGGUGUUAUUACAGAUAGGCAUCGGUAUAUCAUAAAUUGUUACGUGCGGUAUGUUUGUUUUUAAAGAACCCCGCGAAACCGAACAUUCAUCGGUUUCAUUCAUCUGUCUGUGUGUAAAUCAAGUAUUUCGAAACACUGUGAUUUAUAAGUUUUAGACAUUGUUAUUUAAAUGCUUGUCACUUAAAUGCUUUUGAAACAAUAUAAGAAAGUACAAAAUACUUCUUGUCUAUUUAAGAAAGCACAAAAUAUUUCUUAUCUGUUUGUAAUUGUACUAGGUCGCACGAAUAAAACGAUAAAAUUGUUUUAAUGAUUUUGUCAGAGGCUAACUAGUAGAAAUGAAUCAGAUAUUAUUUCGUUUUCGAAAUUCGGACAGAGAAGAAUGCUCCUGAGAAAAAAAAAAAACCAAGUUACUGACACGUUUCAGGUCGACGGGAUUAUUUACUUCGCUUUAGAAGCAGAUAGG